AUGCUUCCCGCCACCUCGUCCUCGUCUGCAUCGUUUCUUUCUACACCUCGACAGUCCCCCGCGUCUUCUGGGCAGCGUGGCCCAUCUGCGAACUCUCCCGGCACCGCGGAGGGCCCUUUGACAGGAACCUCAUCGCACGAAAAUAAUGGUCGUGCUGCGUUCCUGCCUCAAUCUUCACCUUCGAUUUGCCCAUCUGACUCUCGUGCUUGCUCAUCGUCAAGCUCCUCUGGCCCUUCGGCCUCUCUGUGCGCAUCGUCGGGCGAUUCAGACCCUUCGGCUGGGCUGUGUGCUGCGGGCGCUUCCUCUCUCGACUGCGUUUCGCCAUCUCCCUCUUCUCUGCGUUCGCCCUCUUCCUCCCUUUUUUCUCUAAGUUCUGCUUCGUCUGCCCCCCCUUCGCUUCCGUCUGUCCCUCCCUCAUCGCGAGCGUGCAGCGAGACUCUGAAGCUGCAGCCGCAGCUUGAGGUCGUCGUGAGAACUGCCACCGGCUGUCGAGACUUGGAUGUUUCCUUCCGCUUUCUUCUACCGGUUCACGCGACAGUGCGAGAUCUCCGUCUCGCGCUGCAAGCUCGACUGCGUGACGAAGAGGCGCGCUUGACCGCAGCCUUGCUCCGGGAGGAUUCUGGAGGGGCGGUGCCCCCUCGAGAAACGGCGGUCGCAGGAGGCAGCAUGAAACGCGGACGGGACGCGCCUUCGCUCUCAGAGGAGGCUCCGUCGAACGCGGCGCCUUCGGUGUCGUCUCCUUCCUCUCUCCUCUCGGAUUCUCCUCCUUCUGCCGACUCCUCUGCGCACUCGCAUGGGCCGCCUUUAAGCCUCCUCCGUCUGCUGUAUGGCGGCGCAUGCGUCGACGACGACGCGGCGCGCUUGUCUUGUUUGCUUCCGCGACGCGGACGCGGCGCGGCGCAGGGGACUGGCGGAGGAUGCGAACCGACGCCGGAGCCUCUAGUGUUCCUUCUUGACCUUCCCGUCCCUCCGCUGGUGCUGCCGGAAGGCCCUGAAGAGGGGCACGACGCGCUUGCCUCUGUGGCAUCCCCUUCUCCCGUGUCUGUGGGUUCGCCCGCCUGUUCGCGCGCAGACGAAGUCCAAGCUGCCCAGGCGGGGGCUAUAGAGGCGAUCGUUGAGGUAUUGACCCGGCUGCAGGAAGCGCGUGAGUCUCUCGCGAACGCUGAGAAGGCUUCGGGGUCUGUGCGGGUGGGUCCGUCGACCCCCGCGUCGCCGACCCUCGCGGCGACCGUCUGGGGGAAAGACGGUCUUCCCCUGCAGAGCAGCGAAAGCGUUCAGCGGCGCGUGGAGGCGCUGCGGCGCGCGGCGAUCUCGCGCCGUCUCGCUUCGUCUGCAUCUCGCCGCCUUGCCGCCCCCCCUGCGCUGCAGUCCGCGCUGUCUCCGGCGUCGCCCUCGUCGUCUCGCCCCUGUGCCACUCCGCCGGCGCCUUCGCCGGCGGGCCUGAUCGAGUUUCCGCGCUUGGCUUCGACGCUUGGCGGGCGCCUGCGGCAAGUGAGCCGCGUGGAGUUUGACGUAGACUGGGCGUGGGUCGGCCGUGUCGCGUGUGUCUGCUUCGCGCUGCAGGCCCUCGUCGGCGGCUUGGCGAACACCCGCUUCGGCGGCUCCUCUCGAGCCCAGCCGCGCGAGGCCGCGGAGGCGAGCCAGCCGACGUGCAGCGAAGAGGGCGGAGACCGCGGCAUGGGCGCGUGGAUUCGGUCGAUGGGAGAGAAGCUUUUCAGCAAAGACUCGACAUACUGGCGGAGGCGGGCCCUCCUUUUCGCCGCGCCGACUCUGAUUCUCUCAGGCUGGAGACCUGUCCGCUUCUUCACGAAAGUCGCGUGGCAUGCCCUGCCCAGGGGCGCGUUGUGGAAAGCGGUCAGUCCACUGCUCACGGCUUCCCAAAGUUCGAUGCUAACCCUCAGUGAAGAAAAGGUUCUUCAGAUGCUGGCGGACGGAGACCGGGGCUUCAGUCAACUGGAUUGA